CUUGUUAGUCUGUACUGACUUGUGACCAGUCCAAGAUGGCACAUCCUCUUGCCCAAAGACUCAGCUUGGCUCCAGCUGACCCAUGACUGUAAUAUAAAAACCAAAUUUUACAAUUUACACUCAGGUUGAUGCGUGUUUCUUGAUGUAAAUUCAAAUGUGAAUAUGUCAGAUUUAUGACAAAUGUGUGAAUUGAUUGUGGAUGCAAGACAGAUGAGUGCAUUCGAACUUGAUCCACAAGAGUGACACGAAGAGGAGGCGGACACUGGACAGGUGGGUGUAGAUACCCAAUGACCAAUCACGGAUAGCCAUCAAGUCAGUACAUAUCAGCAGCAGAGACCCGGACGAUGCUUUUGAUGUCACUCACGUUGAACUGAGGCUCCACACGCAGCAUGACGAGCUACACUGAUAAAGGGGAGAAGCAUGAAAGGGGAAAAUUUGUCAGGUUUCAUCAUGUCACCUUCUGGGUCGGCAAUGCCAAACAGGCGGCAUCCUUCUACUGUGACAAGAUGGGCUUUGAGCCUCUGGCCUACAAGGGCUUGGAGACUGGCAGCCGAGAGGUCGUCUCACAUGUCAUCAGGCAAGAUAAGAUCAUAUUUGCAUUUGAUUCUCCACUCAAUCCUGGAAAUGAAGAGAUGGGAGCGCACUUGAUGAAGCACGGAGAUGGCGCCAAAGACAUCGCGUUCCAAGUGGAGGACUGUGACUACUUAAUCAAGACGGCCAAGCAGCGAGGAGCGGUCAUUGUGAAGGAUCCCUGGGUGGAGGAGGACAUCCACGGCAGGGUCAAGUAUGCUGUGGUGCAGACGUAUGGAGAUACGACGCACACAUUUAUUGAGUACCUGGGGCCCUACAAAGGCCUUUUCUUGCCUGGCUACAAAGAACCCAUGUUUAGGGAUCCACUCUUAGCCAAACUGCCACAAGUAGGUUUGCGCUUCAUCGAUCACAUAGUGGGAAACCAGCCAGAUGACCAAAUGGUUCCAACAUCAGACUGGUAUCAGAAGUGCUUGAUGUUCCAUCGGUUCUGGUCCAUCGAUGACAAGCAGAUCCACACGCAGUACAGUUCACUCAGGUCAAUCGUGGUGACCAACUACGAAGAAACCAUUAAGAUGCCCAUCAAUGAACCCGCAGUGGGGAAAAAGAAGUCACAAAUACAGGAAUAUGUGGACUAUAACGGGGGAGCGGGCGUUCAGCACAUUGCCCUCAACACAUCAAACAUCAUUCAAGCCAUUGUGAACUUGCGCGCCCGAGGGAUGGAGUUCCUCUCAGCACCUGACACCUACUACGACACCCUGAGGGAGAAGCUCAAAAUUGCCAAGAUAAAAGUGAAGGAGGACCUCAACCGUCUGCAGGAAUUGAAAAUCUUAGUUGACUUUGACGACAAGGGCUACCUCCUCCAAAUCUUCACCAAACCCGUGCAGGAUAGACCCACCCUCUUCUUGGAGGUCAUCCAGAGGAACAACCACUUUGGCUUCGGGGCAGGAAACUUCAAGUCCCUCUUUGAAGCCAUCGAGAUGGACCAAGAAGCCAGAGGCAAUCUGACCGUGGUGACACCCAAGGGCCAGGACCAGGCCUUCUACUGAUUCUGUUAAGCGACACAUCUCAGAGGCAACCAACAACAACCUCCAUUAAGUCAUGUGCGGGAGUGCUGGCUGUCUCCAAGCGUUUGCCGUGACUUGGCUAAAUAAAGAUAGUCGCCGGCUAAGACAAGAAAGAAAUACUUUGACAAACAGCCAUUCUGAUGAUAUUAUCAACAUUGGAGCUCCCCAUGUGUCCAAUGGAUGUAAUGCAUCCCGCAAUUCUACAGUACAGUACAUGCAUCUAUUGGAUUUAUCUCCUUAUUUACAGAUAUGACUUGAGUGAAUUCAGCCAUGAAUAAAAAAGGAACUGCUGCGA